AUGGCAAUUAAUGCAUCAGCAAGUACUUCAUGCGAUAUAGGAGUUAGCUCAUUCACUUCAUCAGCUAAAUAUGUCCUUACAUCAACAACUCUUACAAUUGCAUUUACGCAUGGAAAUUAUGCAGCCAGCUCUUCAAGUUCUGCAAAUGCAUAUUCAAUAAGAUUAGUAAUUCCUACUACCUUUACUCUUUCAUCAACAUUCAGUUGCACAAAAUACAUAAGCAUAAAUCCUAGCUAUAGCACUAUAAGUUGCACAAAUACCGUUCGAGGUAUUGUUACAAUAAAUUUAAUAAGUCAAAACUCGAACAUUGUUGCGAAAAAUCUGCUCGAUGUCAUACUUCCUCCUAAUUCUAAAACAGCAGACUAUAUACAGAGCUCUACUUACACGCGCAAAUGCAGGUGGAUCAAAAAUGUGCGAAAAUACUCAAUUCGCUACAUACAGUGCAACUCCUAA